AGUAUUUUAUAUUUCAGAUUUUCUGAUGAAAUCAGAAAUCACACGAUCCCACAGGUUCAACGGAGUUCAUUGUUGAAUAAAGAAGAUGACCCGUAUGAAGUAUUACUCGUGCGCUAUCGCCUGCUGGGCGCUGCUGGCUGUGGUCGGGCGAGCGACGCCGGCGAAGAUCGAAGGCCUGGAACAGACGCAGGAAAUUGAUGAUGUGGACGACCGGGAUCCUCGACUUCCACGCACAUGUGAAUUAUCAACGGACAUCAACGGAACUUCAUUCCAGAAUCCUGGGUAUCCUUCUGCUACAAGCAUUCCUACUGGUGCUUGCAGACACAAAGUUUAUCCUGUUAAUGACAACAUCUGCCAGAUUCGCCUGGACUUGAAAGACUUCAUACUAGCCCAGCCAAAUGCGGAGGGAGUUUGUGCCGCGGACUUCAUGCAAAUAUCCGGAGCAAUGACGAAAAUCCCCCAGAUUUGCGGGGUAAAUUCUGGACAACAUCUGUACCUGGAUGUAACACCGGAUUUUGGGAGCGUUACAAUCAACGUUGACACCUCAGCACCGGGGGCCAAGUGGAGCAUCUCUGUCGCACAAAUAGAGUGCAACUCCCAGUACCGAGCCCCGGCGGGCUGCCUCCAGUACUUCACCAACACAUAUGGAACCAUUAAAAGCUUCAACUACGACGCAACGAAUUUCUCGCCCUACACUCCACCCACGGCCACUACGCAGUUGGCCAAUCAGGCAUACGGCGUCUGCAUCAAGCCGCAGUCUGGCUUCUGCAGCGUCGCUUACACGAAAACAAGCGUGGUGGCCAAUGACUACACCUUCUCCAUGACUGGGGACGCGAGUAUCUUUCCUCCCGGAGGUCCUCUUCCCGGUUAUGCUGGCAGUGCAGAUUGCACCACAGAUUACGUGAUGAUCCCCGGCGGUACCUUAAUGGAUACUAACUACGCCGUCAUCUCCGCUGAUCGUUACUGCGGCACUAAUUUCCCCAGUAAAGUAGAAUCCUCCAUUCAGCCGUUUGCACUCUACGUGGUCACCGACGAUACAGAAACCAACUAUGCAGAUACAGCACUCCUCGAUGGCCCCAACGUGGGCUUUUCCAUAGACUACCGAAUGCAAUCGUGCUAA